UCGAGAGGGAGGAGGACGUUUACCAUGGCAGCAGUGGCUGUACUGCGGAAUGAAACACUCCAGGCUUUUCUCCAGGAUCGCACUCCAAACUCUUCUCCAGAGAACUGUAAGCACUCUCCGCUGGCUCUCCUGGCGGCCACUUGUAACCGGAUCGGGCAUCACCACGGAUCAAACCCCACAGAUUUCAUCCAGGUCCCUUACGACCCUACUCUGAGCUCCCCUUCGCGUUUAUUUCACCCGUGGACUAACGAGGGCAACCAUCAGAGCAGCCUGGCCAGCAACUCCACUUUCGGACUAUCCUCCAAGCCCCAGCUGUCUGCGCACAUCCAGAGCUCCUUCAGCUCGCACCACGAACUGCCCCUCACCCCUCCGGCGGACCCCUCGUACCCCUAUGACUUCUCCCCUGUGAAGAUGUUACCUUGCUCCAUGCAGUCUCUGCAGUCCACCUGCCCUCCCACCUAUGUCCCCGCUGUCAGUUACGCAGCCCCAACUCCCAUUCCGCCCGCAAUGCCAAGUUUUGUCACGGGACCCUCCGGCCUUGUGCACCAGCAGCAGAGACAGUUGUCCCCAAACCCUGGAGAGGAUAUUCCGUGGUGGAGCCUCCAGCAGGGGAACCACGUAAGCCACUCUUCCUCUCUCGGCCCGCAUCGCUUCCAGCUGCAGAGAGGCUUGGUUCUGGGACAUACGGACUUUGCGCAGUAUCAGACGCAAAUCGCGGCUCUGCUGCACACCAAGUCUCCUCUCGCAACUGCGCGGCGGUGCAGGAGAUGCAGGUGUCCGAACUGCCAGUCCUCCACGUCCAGCGACGAGCCUGGCAAAAAGAAACAACAUAUUUGUCACAUACCGGGUUGCGGGAAAGUUUACGGCAAAACUUCUCACCUCAAAGCGCACCUGAGGUGGCACUCUGGAGAGCGGCCGUUUGUGUGCAACUGGCUGUUCUGUGGCAAGAGUUUCACCAGGUCGGACGAGUUGCAGAGACACCUGAGGACUCACACGGGGGAGAAGCGCUUUGUAUGCCCGGACUGCUGCAAGAGGUUCAUGAGGAGUGACCACUUGGCAAAACAUGUCAAAACUCACCAGAACAAAAAAAGCAAGUGCCACGACAAGACACUUGAUUAUGUCAAAAGGGAGGACACGAGGAAUAUGUUGUAA